CCUGAACAUCGCAGCUCAACAUCCGCGAACCACCCACGGCUCUCUGCCAUCUCCAUCACCCUCUUAGUGUCUUCUUCUUGACUCUCCUUCACUGCGCAAGUCGUACGGACCGUCUUGCACCACAUUCCGCCCGAAAUUCCGUUCCGACAGCAUCUAGCCUUCCCGGCGCCACGCACUCCCAUCUCCUUCCGCCAUCUCUUCCCUUUCCUCUUCCACCAUCUCGGAUCUAGCUCCUGCGGCAUCGAACUAGCUUGCAGCUGCGCGAGUCCGUUCUACGAUGGUCGGCCUCACCUCUGCUGCCGGCGUCGUCGGCUUUCUUGCAGAACCUGAUCCCGCCCUGCGCUCCUUCGCCUUGCACCGGUUGAACGAGGAGAUCGAUCUCCUAUGGCCGGAGGUCGCUGGAUCGGUCAGUCAAAUUGAGGCGCUGUACGAAGAUGAAUCGUUUCCAGAACGAGAGCUUGCGGCUCUUGUCGCGGCGAAGGUGUACUAUCAACUACAGGAAUACAAUGAGAGCAUGGUAUUUGCGCUCGGAGCAGGCAAGCUCUUCGAUAUCCAUCACUCCGGAGAGUUUGAAGAGACGAUUCUCGCAAAAUGUCUAGACACGUAUAUCGCUCUCUCCGCGAUGCACCACCCCCAUACCCCGGUGGCCACGACAAACCAAGCGCCUCCACAAUUGAUCACGUCCUUCACGGCGAAUACGGCCGGUGGAGCCAGCACAUCGGCAAGCAUGACCUCGCCAACAACACCCUUCUCGCAAUCCACCCUUCCCUCAAAGUCUCUUCUGUCCCGACAAGAUUCAUCAACAUUCGAUCCUACACUCCCCGGCGGGGGCAACGCAGGCGUCGCCGGAGCGCACCCUACCCCGUUAGUACUGCAAAGGAGUGUGCAGAAGAAUCUCCAGGCCACGAUACGGCGCAUUUUCGAAAGCUGCUACGAAGUAGGCGCGUACAAGCAGGUCGUCGGAAUUGCAAUCGAGGCGCGAAAUCUCGAUGUUCUCCGAGAGUCUUUCCUCCGAGCAAGUCAGGAUGAGAAGAAACAAGGCAAGAAGCCUGCCAGCAGCUCAUCUCCGAAGAGUGAGGAGCUGAUGGAGUACGUGCUCGAUAUCUGCAUGAAUGUUGUGCAGGAGAGAGGUUUGAGAAAUGAGAUCCUGAAACUUAUCCUGGACCUGCUGAACGAUAUCCCUAAUCCGGAUUAUUUCUCCAUCGCGAAAUGCGUCGUCUAUCUCAACCAACAUUCUUUGGCCUCGACUCUUAUCCGCCAACUCGUCCAACGAGGCGACGGAAAAUCCCUGGCAAUUGCGUACCAGAUCUCCUUCGACCUUUACGAGAACGGUACUCAGGAGUUUUUGGCAAAGAUUAUAGAGGAAUUGCCAGAUACAGAUGGGAAGGCUGAGGACAAGCCGGCUGCUAAUGGGGAUGCGUCACACAAGCCGCGGGGUGAAGAUGCAGGAGAGUCCGAUGGCCUGCUUUCCAACAUGGACUCAAGCAACGAUGCCCCUACAAUAUCAACCGUUGUCUCCCGCACCAAACAGAAGUCUCCAACGGAAGAAGAACUGAAAGUCUACAGUUCAGUUCGCGAUGUCCUUCGAGGGACCAAGACCAUUGAAUUGAACCUCGAAUUCUUGUACAGGAAUAAUCACGCGGACAAAAACAUCUUGAACAAGGUCAAGGACAGUCUGGAAGCAAGAAACUCGAUCUUCCAUACCGGUGUUACGUUUGCGAAUGCCUUCAUGAACGCUGGUACUACGAAUGACACCUUCUUCAGAGAGAAUUUAGAGUGGCUAGGAAAAGCAGUGAACUGGUCAAAGUUUACUGCCACAGCAGCUCUUGGUGUCAUCCAUCGUGGCAACAUCACCCAAGGCCAGAAACUUCUGGAACCCUACCUUCCUAAGGAGGGUCUCACAUCUAACUCCCACUAUGAACAGGGUGGCUCUCUCUUUGCCUUGGGAAUGAUUUACACCAACCAUGGAACUCAUGUCUUGGAAUUUUUAGUCAAGCAGUUCAAGGAUGCCACAGAGGAAGUAAUCCAACACGGCGGUGCCCUCGGCCUGGGCGUUGCUGGCAUGGCAACGGGGUCGGAGGAUAUCUUUGAAGCCUUCAAGCAAGUAUUGUACACCGACUCUGCCAUCAAUGGUGAGGCUGUGGGACUCUCAAUGGGACUCGUGAUGCUCGGCACCGGCAAUAUCAAGGCUUUGGAGGAUAUGAUCCAGUAUGCCCACGAUACGCAACACGAGAAGAUCGUCCGUGGGCUCGCCAUGGGCAUGGCUCUCAUCAUGUAUGCUCGACAAGAGGCUGCUGACGAGCUUAUCAACGGCCUUCUAGACGACCCGGACCCUACCCUUCGCUAUGGAGGCAUCAUGACGAUUGCAUUGGCGUACUGCGGUACAGGAAGCAACAAGGCCGUGCGAAGGGUCCUUCACGUUGCUGUUAGCGAUGUUAGCGAUGAUGUCCGAAGGGUGGCCGUCAUGAGCUUGGGCUUCAUCCUCUUCCGGAAACCCGGCAGCGUUCCUCGUAUGGUCGAGCUCCUCGCAGAGUCCUAUAACCCGCAUGUCCGAUAUGGCGCUACUAUGGCCCUCGGUAUUGCCUGCGCAGGUACUGGUCUUGAUGAGGCCAUCGACCUGCUGGAGCCCAUGAUGAAGGACUCGACCGACUUUGUCCGACAGGGUGCUCUAAUUUCGCUAGCUAUGAUCAUGGUCCAGCAAAAUGAGGCUAUGAACCCCAAAGUCGCCACAAUCAGGAAGACCUUGGCGAAGAUCGUGGCAGACCGCCACGAAGACGCCAUGGCUAAGUUUGGUUGUGCUCUCGCUCUUGGUAUCAUCGACGCCGGCGGCCGCAACUGUACCAUUGGCCUUCAGACACAGACGGGAAAUCUCAACAUGACCGCUAUCGUUGGCAUGGCUGUCUUCACCCAAUAUUGGUACUGGUUCCCACUAACACACUUUUUGUCUCUCAGCUUCACGCCAACAGCAAUCAUUGGUGUCGAUCAGGAUCUUGAGAUUCCAUCAUUCAAGUUCCACAGCAAUACCAAACCAAGCAUGUUCGAUUAUCCGCCUGAGCAAGAGGUGAAGACCGAGGAGGCACCAGAGAAAGUCAAAACUGCAGUUCUAUCAACGACUGCGCAAGACAAGCGCCGAAAGCUGGUCAAGGCCCGCCAACGAAGGCGUGAGAGCAUGGAUGUUGAUCAGACUCCAACAACACCAAAAAUAUCCGCAGCAGACGAGGACAAAAUGGAUCUCGAUGAAGAGCCAAAGAAAGACGAGAAGGCGGAGGGUGAGGAGAGCACGCCUUCAAGUGACAUAUCCAAGAAGAAGGCGGAAAAGGAGAAGGUUGGCUACGAUUUGGAAAACAUGUCGCGCGUGCUGCCAGCUCAGGUUAAGUAUAUAAGCUUCCCUGAGGAGCGAUAUGUUCCAGUCAAGAAGCCAACUGGUGGUGUUAUCCUCCUCACAGACACCGAGCCCUCGGAGCCGAAGAAGCUGCUUGAACUCAAAGUCAAGAAAGCAGCACCAGCUCCAACACCUAGUGCAGCAGGCCCAUCAGGAGACCAAGCUCCUGAGGGAGUGACUGCGCCUGCGUCUGCUGCUCCAGUGAGCGGCAAUGUAGUGGAUGAAGGGGAGGAUGAAGCAGAGCUACCUGGCGAAUUUGAGUAUCUCUCGGACGGAGGCGAGGGAGACGAUGAUUGAGGGGUUAAUCAAUGGCAAUGAGGGAAUUCUAUGUACCAUUAGUUUGGCCUUUAUGCAGGCGGGGAACGCAGACUAGCAUUGAUUCAGGCGUAGGGAGGCAAGAGGAGCGUCAACCAGCUCGCCUAGACUUUGCUUCAGCAAUGUAUAAUAACCGAUGCGGCUUACUGCACAUUUAUACAUAUACUCGUAUGCUAG